AACCAUCAUAAACCCAUCUUCUUCUUCUGGGAGUGGCCAUGGUUUCCGACAGGCAAUGGAAGAAGAAGAAGGUGUGCGUGAUCGGCGCGGGGCCAUCGGGGCUGGUGGCGGCCAGAGAGCUGACCAGAGAAGGCCACAAAGUGGUGGUUUUUGAGCAAAACCACGACGUGGGUGGGCAGUGGCUGUACGACCCAAACGUCCAAAACCAACACCAUAUUGUCCAUAGCAGCAUCUACGCCUCUCUCAGGCUCACCUCUCCCAGAGAAAUAAUGGGCUUCACCGAUUUCCCAUUUGUGGUCAAGAAGGGCCGCGACACCAGAAGAUUCCCCGGCCAUAGAGAGCUCUUCUUGUACCUCAAGGAUUUCUGUGACUGCUUUGGCCUCAGAGACAUGAUAAGGUUUAAUACAAGAGUUGAAUAUGUGGGAAUUAUUGAACAAUCUCAUCUUAUUCUGGGCAAACAAAAACAUAUUAAAUGGAUUGUUAGAAGUAGAUCAUCAUCAUCAUCAGAUAAUACUAUUGAUGAGAUGAAUAUGAAUAUGAAUAUGAAGAUGGUGGAUGAAGUUUUUGAUGCUGUUGUUGUGGCCAGUGGCCAUUAUUCUCACCCUCGCUUGCCCACCAUUAAAGGAAUGGAGAAAUGGAAGAGAAAGCAAAUUCACAGUCAUGUUUACAGGGUUCCCGACCCAUUUCGAGAUGAGGUAGUGGUGGUGGUCGGAAACUCACUGAGCGGCCAAGACAUCUCGCAAGAACUACUGGAAGUGGCUAAGGAAAUCCAUAUAAGUACCAAAUCAAUUAACACCAUCUCUGUGGGUCUCUCCAAAGUCAUUGACAAACACCAAAACCUUCAUCUUCAUCCACAGAUUGAAUGUCUUGAAGAUGAUGGGCGGGUGGUGUUUGUUGAUGGCUCCUCCAUUGUUGCAGAUACUAUUUUAUAUUGCACUGGAUAUUCGUACACAUUUCCAUUUCUUGACACCAAAGGAAUGGUAGUUGUGGAUGAUGAUCGAGUGGGUCCUUUGUAUGAGCAUACGUUUCCCCCAUCCUUAGCUCCCUCCCUUUCCUUCAUAGGCAUUCCACGCAAGCUCAUAGGUUUCCCUUUCUUUGAAUCACAAGCAAAAUGGAUAGCUCAACUACUGUCUGGGAAAAGGACAUUGCCAUCAUGGGAUGAUAUGAUGCAAUCCAUCAGAGACUUUUAUCACUCUAAGGAUUCUGCUGGCAUUCCUAAGCACAAUACCCAUGAUUUAGCUGAUUUUGAGUAUUGUGACAAGUAUGGCGAAAACGUUGGAUUUCCACACUUGGAGGAAUGGAGGAAAAAGUUGUGCUUAUCAGCCCUUGUGAAUGCAGAUACCAACCUGGAAACGUAUCGAGAUUCAUGGGACGAUCACGAGGAUCUUCAGGAGGCCUUUCAAAGUUCUCAUUUCACUCAACUUGGAGCUCAAGUCUUUCCUCUAUAAUAAACACUAUAUAUGGCUCCCUUUGGACCACAUGUAAAAGCUUCAAGAAUCAGUUCUGCUUUUUUGUGUCCCUUCUGCCUUUUUUUGGGUGGCUAAGUAAAUUUCCAGAUGCAGAGUACAGAAAUGCUAUAGGAAACAGAGAGAGCUUCAAACAUGAUUUCACCAAGCUUAUGUAUUUCAUUCUUGUUGUUCAAAUUGUAGUGUCCAAAUUGAUUUGUUCAUUGUUAUUAUUAGUAUUUGUUAUACCAUCAAGUUAUAAUUUUUUAUG